CCCCAUCCCCACCUCUGUGGGACACUGGGCUGGGCCUGAAAGACAUGUGGCUCUGGGGAGGGGGCUCUGGGAGGCACAGGCAGAGGAAAACCAUCUGGAGCAGAAAGACUGCCAAGGAGCGUCUGUCCCUGGAGCAGGAGCCGGGGAACAUGGGGGAGGGGAGUUAGAGCCUGAGUCUGGGCCCCUCACCCACUUCCGGCUCUCAGGACUGAGUGGUGAAGGGGCUUGGCCUCCUCUCUCUCCCCACGGGCCUCACACACUUCGAACGGCAUCCGUGGGUCAGGGUUUAAGCAUCAAGUUGCCACAUAGGAAAUGGGGAAAAAGAGCCAAGUCUGGCAUCUGAGGUAGAAUGGGAACCCAGGGGCUUCGCUCAGCGUCUUUCCUGCCAACACUUUUUCCCCUUGACCUUAUACCGUCCUUCACCUCUAGGAGCUCUACCCUCGCUCUUGGGCUGGCCUGGGCAGAGUGACUACCUGACUGUCAGAGAGGAGGACAGUGUAGGGUUGCCAGACUUCACAGGGAUCCCUUGCUCUUCCCAUUACCCAAGAUUCCCUGGGCAGGCCCCCAUUCCUCAGGGGGGUGGGGCCCCUGGUUUCCCACACUCUCUCACCCUCCCCCAGGUCAUGGGGGUGCUAUGAUGUGUGGGGUUGCCAUGGCAAUGAAGUGGGGGCAGGGCACCUAGGGCAUGGAGCAGGACUAUGGAAGUCACCAAGCAAGUGGGGGGCCCUGAUCCAUCGGGCCCCCAGGGCCACCCCUCAAUUGGCAGCCAGCAGCUGGGGGGUGGCGUUAGAGGAUCCCAGGGACCAUGGAUAAACUCAGGAUCCACAUCCUCGAGGCAUGAGGUGCCAUUGUCCACCGAGGCCAACUCUGAUGGGGCCUAUGGCUCAGCCUCCCAGGCCCACACCCAUGAGCCCUGUCACCAGCACCUCCGGGAGCCUACGGAGGCUACCUCCCAAUGUGGCUAUGAGAGGGCCUCCCAGGACACCCUGAGACUCCGCUCCACUAGCUUAUUCCCAGGCUCUUCCGUGGGAGCCCGAACACAUCUCGUCAUGGAGACCAGGACCCCGGCCCUCCCGGUGUACACGCACGGUGAUGCCACCAGUGACACGGCCCAGCAUGGACUCUACUGUUCCCGGCUUCAGGUGCAGGUGGUGGGGGAGGGCAAGACUCCAGCUAAAGUCCUUGUAGGCUGGGGCAAAGGCCCCUGCAGCCCGGAGCAGACUGCCCCAGCGGGCAUUAGGAAGAGCCGAUGGCUACCAUAUAUCCCUUUAGGGGAGGAUGGCUCACCUGCAGCCCAAGGUCCUUUUCUGGCUCCAGGUCAUGAUCAGGGCCAGGGCAAGGGCCCAGGUCCAGUUCAGGCUCUUCCAACGCCAACUCCAACCCGGGCCAGUACUCCAGGUGUGGAUCCAAUCUCAAUGGCAGGAGCAGAAUCUUAUCCCUGCAACCCUGACCACCUGACUGAUACCAAAGCUACCACCAAGGACCUGUCCCAAGACCUCUUGCCUGGGAAAUAUGGCAACCAGUGGCCAGUCCAGUUGGAUUCUUCCAAAGGGGUCACAUCCUGCCAGAACAAACUGAAUUUCCAUCCUCAGGAGGAGCCUCCCACCCCAGCACCCACCCUAAACAAAUCCCCGGACCAGAGCCAGGUACACGAGGUUACCCAAAGGCCAGUGUUACCCAGGCAUCCCAAGAACCAAGUGGAAAAGCCCCUGGUCAGUAUCUCUAGGCCAGGCAGCCCCAAACCAGGCUCAGGGCCCCCAGGAACCCCCAAGAGCCAGAGGGACAGCCAGGAGAUCCGCAGCACUCAGCAAAGUCAGCAGCCCCUCAAUGUUUGCAACAACCCCUGCUCCAGCAGGCCGCCAUCUGCCUGCCAAUUAAGUGGCCACAACCCAGACCCAGUACCUCCCAGGGAAGCCAUGCAGAUACCUGCCUCCAGUGCCCCUACCUGCCAGUUAUGGGAUGCUGUGGAAGACCGUGUGCUGGUGUUUGACAUGGCCACAGGCAACACCAGGAUGGGGCUGCUGUGUCAUGAUCCCAUGGGCUCCCAGGCAGUGUUGGUGGGCCUCAUGCCCACCCACCCACCCAUCUAUGCCUCCGAAAGCACGCAACCCACCCGCCCACUGCCCAUGCCCAUCCUCACCCCUGACAGCAAUCGUUCCAGCUUCUGGUCCACCACGGCCGUGGUGUCCAGCCCUGUGCCCUCCAGCCUUUCAUCGGGAAGCUACCGAGAGGUGGCCCUGGUUCCCAAAGAGGCCAGGGUCCACCUGGAAUCACAAGGCUCCACUGGUGCUGAGACACCCAUGAGGAUGGGGAUGCUCGGAGGGCCUGUUCUACUGGGGACGCCACUCCAAUUUGGAGAGAGCAUCCUGAGCCAUGCCCAUGAUCCUGGCUGGUCCAAACCUGAUGCUGAAAAAAACCAAGGGAGUCACACUAUCUGGAUGCUGGAUGCCCCUGGGAUGCAGGACACCUCUCUGGACCAGACCAAGAAACAACAGUGGAUGAGCUCAGAGCAGACCACAGAGCCGGUGCCAGCAGCCAAAAACCAGGAGGUGCUCAGACCCCCACUCCAGGAGGAUAUAGGCAGCCACAAUCAGAAAGAGAGCUGUCACCCUGACAGCCCUCAGGUCAAACGUGCUGGGCAGACCCCCCUUGGUGGUCAGCCCCCACUAGCUGAGCAGGCCCCCUCCACCAAGCAGCCCCCGCUUCCUGCUCAACCUCCUCUCACUGGAACCCCUAUUUCCAGGCAGCCUCCCUUUUCCCAAGAACCCCUCAUCUCCAGUGAGCCCACUCUCUCAAGGGGUGCCCUGACCACUAGGGAGCCUGGUCAGGCUUCCACCCUGGGCCAAGAAGGUGAGCCACUGGGCCCGCCUACCCAUGUGGAGGUACACCGGAUGCCCCCCGAGGAGACCUGCGUCUAUGUAAACAGAGAAAAGGUUGGUGCCAGUGCUGCCCAAAGCUCCAGCAUACAUCGGCUCUUGUCCUGGCAGCAUGGCAGCUCCCCCAAGGUGCAGGAGAAGCAACUUUCCCUGAUCGCGAUCACCGCACCCAGCCCCGGUUGCAAGGUCUUGCCCAUGGUCACAGUGGGCACUCAGCUCCAGGGUCCCCAAUUCAAGCUGACAACCGAGGACAUGACCCACUCGCCAGUGGUCGCACACCUCAGCCUGCUCCGCGGGGCCUGCUAUGAGCUGGUGCCCACCAUGGAUGCUCUGGCCGUACGGUCCCCAGUGCUCUGCCGCCACUCGCUGGGCCCCUACCAGGACAUGGCUGCCGUGGUGAUUGACACAGGCACAGGCUUCACCAAAUGCGGGCUGGCUGGAGAAGACCACGUCCUCAGCGUGCUGCCUUCACGCGUGCAACUGCUGCAACACCCAGUCCAGGGCCAGCCCAGGUACACGGUGCCCGAGAAGCAAGAGCCCUCCUAUUCAAUGCUAAAUCGAGGCGUGGUCUCUGACUGGGAUGCCCUGGAGGUGCUAUGGCAGCACCUGUUCUACUGCAGGCUGGGCGUGCAGCCCGAGGAGCUGGCUGUGCUUGUGGCCGACUCACCCAUCUCCCCGCGCACCAACCGAGAAAAGGUGGCUGAAAUACUCUUCGAGCAUUUCCAUGUGCCAGCCAUGCAGACAGUGCACCAGGCCCUGCUGGCGCUCUAUGCUUACGGGCGCACCACCGGGCUGGUGCUGGGCAGUGGCCAUGGCACGUCCUACGUGGCUCCCAUUGUCACUGGGGAUCUGGCCCCCCUUGACACCUACCGGCUGGACUUGGCAGGUUGCGACCUUACGGAACACCUGGCUCAGCUGUUGCUGGCAGGUGGCCAAUCACCACUCAAGGCAGAGCUGGUCAACUGGAUUAAAGAGACCUGGUGCUACGUGGCCAUGGACAUGAAGGCUGAGCUAGCCCGCAUGCAGUCCCAGACCCAGGUGGAUUUUGUGCUUCCGGACAAGCAGGUCAUCACACUGGGCUCUGAGCGCUUCUGCUGCCCAGAGGCUCUCUUCCAACCCAAUCUGCUGGGCGUCAAUCAGCCGGGCCUUCCACAGCUAGCCCUCCUCAGUAUCAGCCGGCUGGAGGCUAAGCAGCAGGAGCAGCUGCUGGCCAAUGUGGUGCUGGACGGUGGGAGCACCCUGUUGACUGGCUUUCCUGAGCGCCUGAGACAGGAGCUGGGCCCUGGUACCACCGUGCUGGGCUCUCCACACCGAGCCGUCACUGCUUGGCUCGGAGGCUCCAUCAUGGCGUCUCGGAACUCCUUCCAGAGCCUGUGGCUCAGCCGCCGUGAGUAUGACGAGGAGGGCCCAUGGGCCAUUUACAAGUACCAUCUAUGAGCACAUAAAAGUUCUGUUUCUGCUUG